AAUAUUCAAACCUCGCCCCGUCCCGCUCAGUCUCCGCCCCCUCACCGCCUCGCACUGCCUCCCGUCUUCUCGCUGCUCUCGCGAGAGCUGUGCCCGGAAGCGGCGGCGGCGGCCGAGCCGGUGCUGAGCGCCCGCCCGCCAUGGAAGCCCCGCGGGCGCUGCCGCUGCUGCUCCCGCUGCUGCUCCCGCUGUUGCUGCUGGGGCUCUGCGCCGCCGAGCCCUCGCAAACGGAGACCGACAGAUCUUCCACAGCGCCUGAGGGAGCAAGAGCGGCUGACGGCCAGGAACACAGGAGCACAUCCUCAGGGAACGGAAAUGAGCAGAAGGACGGGGAAAACCACAACAACAGCGACACCAAAACAGACCCGAAUAGCGGGACUAAGGUGGACGAGAAGACAAACGAGCAGCAGGACAACAGUGUCACUGGAAACGGCGGCAACGACGACGAGGAGGAGAAGAAGAAAAAGGAGUUAGAGAAAGGCAGCAGCACAGGGGCUGUUCAGGAUGGCAAUGGUGCAAAUGGCAAUGGUGGAAGCAGCAAUGCAGGCAGCGGGGGACAAGGAGAUGAAAACCAGAAAAGCAGCAGUGGUAGCCCAGGCAACACAGGCAGUGAUGGCCAGGACAACUCUGGCAGCAGCACUGUUGGCCAGGGCAACUCAGGCAGUGGCAGUCAUGGUCACGGCAGUAAAGACACCAACACUGGUGGCAGCCAGAACAACAACAGCAAUGAUCAGAACACUGUCAACAAGAACGGCCAGGAGGGCAACCAGCCAGGGGCCACUGAGAACGGGGGCAACAACAAGGGCAGCAAUGGCAAGGACAGCGAGAGCAGAAGUGGCAGCAACACCCAGGACAGCACCAACAAGGACCAGGGCACCAGGCAGGACAGCGAGAACAAGGAGAGCAAGAGCACAAAUGGCAGCAACACCCAGGACAACACCAACAAGGACCAGGGCAACAACCAGAGCAACAACCAGGACAGCAAGAACAAGGACAGUGGUGGCAAGGACAGUGAGAGCACAAAUGGCAGCAACACCCAGGACAACACCAACAAGGACCAGGGCAACAAACAGGACAGCAAGAACAAGAGCAAUGAUGGCAAGGACAGUGAGAGCACAAAUGGCAGCACCAACCAGGGCAGCAGUGACAGGAACAGGGCUGGCAACGAGGCCAGCCAGGGGCACACAAACGGGGCCACCAGCCAAGGCAGCAGCGGUGGGCAGCAGGCCCAGGCCGAGAGCCAGGGCAGUGCUGCUGACGAGCAGCCUCACAGCCAGGACAGUCCAAAGGACUCCCAGGAGGAGCAAAGCCCUGUGUCACACUCGUCCGCUGGGGAAGGCGACAGCUUUGUGGAAAAUGACAGAAACGCCGAGGAGGAUGUGGCCAAGGCUGAGGAGGGCAGUGACAGCUCCUUGGGUCGGGACAAGGAGAAGAGUGCUCCCUCCCUGCCCAGGGCCCGCUCGGAGAGCAGCCACUUCUUUGCCUACCUGGUGACCACAGCUGUCGUUGUGGCAGCCCUGUACGUGGCCUACCACAACAAACGCAAGAUCAUUGCUUUUGCUCUGGAAGGAAAAAGAUCAAAAACCGGUCGACGGCCCAAAUCUGGUGAUUAUCAGAGACUGGACCAAAAGAUCUAGAUUCCUCCUCAGAUGAUGAUGGGGAUGGCAGUGCUGCCACAGCUGGAUUUCAGUCCACAGGAAGGAGGGGAAACGCUUUUUGUUUUGCACCUGCACCUUGAUAAAACCUCUCACUUCCCUAAAUUGCUUGUUUCCCAGCUGCCUUGUUUUCCCCCUGGGUGUCUGGCUGCUGGAAGAGCCAGACCCAGAACUUCUGUGUCCCAAUGCAAUGGAAUUUGCCAUCUGCUGGACUGACCCCUCCUUUUUGUGGGGGGAAUUAAGGAUCUGCUGCACAAUGAGCCAUGGGACUGUCCCUUGCCUGGGAACGAAGCUGCCUUGGUCUCCUCCUGCCCCUCCUUCUCCAUCUGUUGGGUUUGGAUGCUCAGGUUGGGAGCAAGUGAGUUCUCACGCGCUUCUUUGGAACUGACCCAGCACAGACUCGGAUUUGGGUUUUCUCUCCCUGAUCAGCUUUCCAGUUUCACACCCAGAUUCCCUUUUUCACAUACACCUUUGGCCAUGCUGAAGCAGUUCUUGUAGCUCAAACCCUUCAUGCUCCACGCAGGUCUUUUCCCUCCCAGUCCUCCCAGUUUGCACUGGGGGUGUUGGUUGUGGUGUGGUGCUGUGGAGGAGGGGGUCAGGCUGAGGGAGCUCCAUACCCUGUCAAGGUCAGGGAUUCGGAUGGGAAGAUUGCUUCCUCCCCUUGUCAGGUGUAGGAAGGAAGGAAUGUAAAUCCCUGAGGAGUUUGGGAUGAGGGAAGCUCCCAGUGCCUCCAGUUGUGUUGGACUGGUACUGGUCAGACCAAGGGGUUGGUGCCUCUGUUACACCUGUGAGGUGGUUUUCAUUCCUGCAGUUCUACUCCCCAGAGAUUUCUAAAAGCUGGGAUGUUUCUGGAGAGGGCACAGAGUACCUGCUUAGCUCCUGCUUUGGAUUUUUCCAGAAAAAAAUUGAUUUGAGGAGCCUAGAGCUCCUCACAUUGGCACCCAGCUGCGCCGCAUCAGGUGCCAGGCCUGUGCCAGUCCUGCACUUGCCGACUGACUGCACGGGAAGAGUCCCAGGAUGGUUAAAUUCCCUCGUGGGGGGCUUUUUUCUGGCCUCCCCAGGCUUGGGAACAAUCAGCUCUUUGCCUCGUGGUCACCUUGGACAAGGGCAGAGCCGUUUCCUGGUCAUUGUGAAAGUUGCAGCUCUGGUUUUGAUUUCCUAACGGUUCAUUCCAAGAGGGGAGAGAGGGUUUGACCUUCUCCAAACCCUAAAGCCAUCCUUUCCCUUUUUGCUGGCUCUUGGCAAGCAUGAGAGUCCCUCCUGGCUUUAAAGAGUUCUCAGAGUUUCCCUGGGAAACAUCUAGGAUGCUAAAAGGACUUCCAGGAGUUGUUCUGGAGAAAAGGAGGGUGGAGGGAAGGGAAAGGGAAAUCGGGCUGGGAAUGUAACUCUGGGGGAAAAAGGGUGGGAACGCCCUGCACCAAACCACCCUGCUCCCUGUGGGAUCAGCCAGGCGGGGGGGGCUGCUUUAGGGCAGGGUUGGGGAGGGGGACACAGCAGGGAGACAAACCCUAUUCCAGUGUGUAGAAUUCCGUGUGCUCCUGGGCUGCACUGGUCAGGAUUUUUGGAGUGUGUGCGCUUUUUGGAGUGUGAGUGCUCUACGCUUGCUUUGUCCUGGUUUGUGUUUUUUUUUUUUUUUUGGGUUUUUUUGUUUGUUUGUUUGUUUUUUUAAUAACAAUUUAGAAACGCUUUUUAUUUUUUCACCAUCUACUUACUUUUCUAUCCUGGGAGCUGUUUCAAGCCCUCUCUUGCUCCAGGCUGUGGGAAUCCCACCCUGCUGCCAGCAGGGGAGGGAAUAUUUUGGACUUCAAACACCUCGAUGAUCCCAGGCUGAGCCAAGCAUUCCUUAGGGUAAUGAGGACACACCUCUUGGGUCUGGGGAGAGGCAGAUCUCACACCAGGCUGAACUGUGGGGUUUUCCCCCAAAUUCUCCCCACCAGCACUUCCCAAGGCUGGUGUGUUCUGCCAACAGUCUGGGCUGCCCCAAACCUCUGGGGAUUGCUCCCAGUUUGUUGAGUUUUGUGGUGUUUAUGCAACGUGUCCCCAAAGGGAUCAAGGUGCACAGAACCUUUUUCCUUUGGACACAUGUGUUUUCCAUGGAUGGCAUCUGUUGGUACAGAGGUUUUUUUUGCCAAAUAUUCCUACUUUUUGGGCUUGAACCAGCACGUGAUUUGUUUUCAGCUGCAGUGAAAUGCACCUUGCUUGGAAGGAUCAGAAUUUUUUACAGUUCUUUGUACUGUUUUUUUUUUGGUUUUUUUUUUUUAAUUUUCUGUGUGGUGAAAUCAGUAAACGGAUUAAAAAAGACCCAAAAGUUUGAGUUUUCA